AUGCAAAUCAUUCACCAGCUACUCCUCCUGCUCGGCAUCUGCUCCGUUUUGUUGGUCCAAGCGGCAACAGCCGGAAAAGUGAAACUGUUCGCAUUUAAGGGUCCACAUGCCGGUUUCGUUGGACUGAAAGUUCGGACACCAAAGCUAUUGGGUCUUAAGCAUGCACUGGCGGGUCAUGGCGGAGGAUUCGGUGGCGGAAUCGGCGGAGGCAUUAGUGGUGGAGUAGGCUUCGGUGGUGGCUUUGGUGGCGGUUAUGGCGGUGGUCACAGCAGCGGCUAUCAGCAUCACGAGGAAUAUCACCACGAAAGCCACUACAGCAGCGGUGGAAGCUAUGGAGGUGGUAGUUUUGGCGGCGGCCUGUGGGGAAAAUAA